GCAAGCAGCCACAGUUGCCUACAAGGCCUACAACAAAAAGUACGUACUGUACGUACUUUCAGCACCAAGACGGUUAUCUGGCUGUUAAUUGGUGAUAUGUAACCACACAUUCUAUGCUCGCUACGACGUUAAACAAAAUCAGAUAAAUGUGGCGAGCGAUAACAAUAAAAAAUUUAAUUGACAAUCAAGCCAAUCUGGAAUUCGACGUUGAGUAAUCACAGAACACUGACAAGGGCAUCACAAGUAGUGGAGACAAAUUGUAAGAUUGAACUGUUUUCCAAGUGAACAAGUGAAAAAUGUCUUCGAAAUUUUUGUUCCUUGAAUCAGUGGACUUGUUAAGUACAAUACCACAGUACCACAUUUUAUUAGGGGCAUUCGUGUUACUCUGGGUCGUGUGGCUAACUGUUAAAAGAAGGUAUAAUACACGUCAGCCUCCAGAGUUGUCGAAUGAUGAAGUGGAGAGAAAACUUGCAAGCUGGCAACCUGAACCAUUAGUAAACCCAAUACAAGACAAAAAUCAUCCAUUUCUGAAUCCAAGAUUAGUUACGACCAAAGUAGGAAAAAGAAUAACAGUGGACGGCAAUGAUUGUCUUAAUUUAGGUACCCAUAACUAUCUUGGGUUGGUAGAGAACCCAAAUAUAGAAAAAAAAGCCAUUGCAUCCAUUCAAAAAUAUGGAGUUGGUUCAUGUGGGCCGCGAGGUUUUUACGGCACUGUUGACGUUCACCUGGAACUAGAAGAACAAUUGGCUAGGUUCAUGGAGUUGGAAGAAGCAAUUGUGUACUCCUAUGGAUUUAGUACGGUCGCUUCUGCUGUAUCCGCCUACUGUAAGAGAAGAGACUUGGUUUACGUUGAUGAAAAAGUAAAUUUUUCCAUUCAAAAAGGUCUUGAUGCAUCACGAUCCAAUAUCAAAUACUUCAAGCACAAUGAUGCCACUGACUUAGAGAAACUGUUGUUACAACAAGCUGAAAUAGACAAACGAAAUCCCAAAAAAGCUACUAAGAUACGAAGGUUCUUGAUUAUUGAAGGAAUUUACAUGAACACUGGGGAGAUUUGUCCAUUACCAGCUCUGGUCAAAUUAUGCAGAGAAUACAAACUAAGAAUAUUAGUCGAUGAGUCCAUCUCGUUUGGCGUUCUAGGUGAACAUGGCAAAGGAGUAACAGAACACUUUGGAGUCCCCAAGCAUGAAAUUGACUUGAUUAUGGGGUCGUUGGAAUGGGGUAUUGGAUCGAUUGGAGGUUUCUGCGUUGGAUCCUCAUUUGUGAUCGAACACCAGCGACUGUCUGGUCUUGGCUACUGUUUUUCGGCUUCUCUUUCUCCAUUUCUAGCAUCUGCCGCAAUUGUAUCUCUUGAAAUAAUGGAGAAAACACCACAACUUUUUGUAAAACUAAAAGAAAAUUGUUUGCAAUUUGAUACUGGCUUGCGGAAGUUAGCUGAAUUCACUGUAUCUGGUUUUGCUGAAUCGCCGGUCAAGCACUUAUACCUAAAAGAUGCACCGGAACAAUUAAAUGAGUUUGAUGCACUGAAUCUUAUUUCGAAAAAGUGCAUUGAAAACAAUCUCGCUGUUAUACCAGCUGCCUAUCUAGAAAUAGAGUUGAAUCCAGUCCGUCCAAGUUUGAGAAUUUGUGUCUCUGCAGUUUUGGAAGAUUCAGAUAUUAAAUUUGCACUAGAGACACUGGAUAAAUGUUCUAAAACUGUUUUGUCGGCAUUGCAUUAAAAUACACAAUAAAUAACUUUUUAAAUAUACACCGUAUGAAAGCAGUAGCUUAUAUUGCAAAGGUUGAAGGUAUACAAACUUUAUGGAACUAUUUCAUGCAACUAGCAACAAUUUAUUGAAUGUUCCGUCGCUAUAAUCAAAAUAGGUUCCUUAGAAUAGUAUGUUUUAUUAUUAUACUUACACUAUGGUGAAAUCUCAAUAUCAAAUAGUUCUCACGUAAGCCUGAGACAAAUAUUUUUAAUGCACCUGAUUAGUUGCAAGUCACUGUAAUAGCAUAUCAAUGAACAGAGUAUUUUUAUAGACUAUAGUCAGGAAGAUACAGCUGUACCAUGUACAAACAUAAAGGCGCUCAUACAACGAUGCAGUACUUAGAUCACAAAUUGGUAUUAGACUCUGCAUUCAGUAUAAAAAGAAAAAGAAGUACUACUUAUAUGCAAUAAUUGCUUAUUCAAAUUAACAAGUUCGAGUAACGACAGUAUACAGUAUACAUGAUUAAAAUAAAGCCAUUUAUAGAUUGAAAUGUAUUUAUAAACAUUUGUUACGUCUAAUAAAUCGAACGGAUAUUGAACCUGAA